AUGGAGACCUCUUUGACGAAUUGUAAAGCGUCCUUGGUAUUCAAUGGCAUGAUUUCGCGAUUACUCAUGAUAUGUCGGUUGCCAAUGAAUAAAAUACCAUUUUUAAAAAAGAAAAAAGUUGAAGAAAGAAGCCGAAAAAUCAAAGCCAAUGAUUCAGAUGCAAAUGCUGCGAAAGAAUAUGCUGGCAACGAAAUUUCGACGUCCAAAUAUAAUUUAAUUACCUUCUUACCCAAAAAUCUCUUUGAACAGUUUCGACGGCUCGCUAAUGCAUACUUUUUAUUCCUUCUCUGUCUACAGCUCAUUCCACAAAUUAGUUCGUUAGCUCCCGUGACGACUAUUUUGCCACUUGUUUUCGUGUUAGCAUUAACUGCAAUAAAAGAUGCUAGUGAUGAUAUUGCAAGGCAUCGAAGUGAUAGUCAGGUUAACAAUCGUGAAACAAAAACUGUUGUUGGAAAUGAAUUAGUGACGAGAAAAUGGAAGGAUAUCAAAGUUGGUGAUAUAGUACGACUAGAAAAUAAUGAAUUUGUGACAGCUGAUAUUGUUCUUGUAUCGACGAGUGAACUGAAUGGACUGUGUUUUAUUGAAACUGCUGAACUAGACGGAGAGACAAAUUUGAAAGUUCGACAAGCGCUGGAAGAAACUUGUGAUCUCGAAGACCAUAUUGACCAACUCUCAAGAUUUGACGCGGAAAUCGAAUACGAAGCACCGAAUAAUAAUCUCGGACGAUUCGAAGGCAACUUAUCAUGGAAAAACAAGACUCUACCAUUGAAAAAUGAUAAUGUACUACUGCGCGGCACGAGAUUGAGAAACACUCAAUGGGCUUUUGGCAUUGUAUGUUACGCUGGUCCCGACACAAAAUUAAUGAAAAACAGCGGCAAAGCAACAUUCAAACGAACCAAGAUCGACCAUCUAUUGAAUCGAAUCAUCCUUGGAAUCUUCUUCUUUCUCUUGGUAAUGUGUGCUAUCAUGACCAUAUGUUGCGGAUUUUGGGAAUCAUUUGUUGGCUAUGAUUUUCGCAUCUAUCUACCGUGGGAAACUUAUAUUUCAAACGAUCAACAUAUUGGUGCAUUAGAGAAAAGUUUACUAGUCUUUUUAUCAUAUAUUAUUAUUUUAAACACUGUCGUACCGAUUUCAUUGUACGUCAGUGUGGAAUUCAUUCGUUUACUACAAUCGAAAUGGAUCGAUUGGGAUAGUAAAAUGUACUAUGAGCCGAAUAAUGUUCCUGCUCAAGCACGUACGACGACACUAAACGAAGAAUUGGGCCAAAUUGAAUACAUUUUUUCGGAUAAAACUGGCACACUAACGCAGAAUAUUAUGACGUUUAACAAAUGUUCGAUUAAAGGAAAAGUCUAUGGAUAUGUUACUGAUGAAGCUGGAAAUGAAGUUCAAGAUCCUGAAAAAUUAAAACCGAUUCAAUUCGAUGAGAAGGACGAUGAUUUUGAAUGGUAUGAUCACAAAUUGAUCGAUGCAAUAAAGAAAGGCGAUAAAGAUGUGCACACCUUUUUCACUCUACUAUCCCUUUGUCAUACUGUGAUGCCUGAAGAGAAAGAUGGGAAAAUUGCGUAUCAAGCUCAGUCACCAGAUGAAAAUGCACUCGUAUCUGCUGCACGAACAUUCGGCUUUGUUUUCGUCAAUCGUACACAAAGCAGUAUUUCGGUUAGACUUCAAGAAAAAGAUGCUACUUACGAUCUGUUGAACAUAUUGGACUUUGACAACGACCGAAAACGAAUGUCGGUUAUUGUGAAAAAAGAUGGCAAGAUAAUUUUAUUCUGCAAAGGUGCUGAUUCGAAAAUCAAGGAACGUUUGGACUCUUCGGAAAAAGAUAUCAUGACUGAAACAGAUGAACAUCUGAACAAAUUCGCUACUGAUGGUUUACGAACACUCUGUUUAGCAUAUAGAGAACUAAACGAAGGUGAAUACAAUAAAUGGGCAGAAAAAUUGAAUAAAGCUAACACAAGUAUGGAGAAACGUGAAGAAAAAGUCAAUGAAACCUAUGAGGAAAUUGAAAAAAAUCUCAAAUUGAUUGGUGCUACAGCUAUUGAAGACAAGCUUCAGGAUGGUGUACCACAAUGUAUCGAACGCUUAGCUCGUGCUGGUAUUAAAAUAUGGGUUUUGACUGGUGACAAAGUUGAGACGGCGUAUAACAUUGGUCUUUCGUGUCGUUUAUUAACGAAUGAUAUGGAGAUUUACAUCAUUGAAGAAGAAAAUGAACAUAGCGUGGAGAAAAAAUUAGAAGAAAUUCGAAAGCAAAUGAUAGAAAAAGUCGAACAAUUAUUUGACGUUAAGAUCGAAGAUCGAAAGAAGAGGCUCGACUGGAAAGAUUGGGGCAUUGAUGUAAUGAAAUUCGAUCAACACAGAAAAGCGGAAGAGCCCAAUGGUAAAGCACAACGUCCAAAUGGUCAUGCAACAACUACGAAUGAUUCGGGAGCACACGAUCGGGAGCAAUUCGAAGGUUUUGGCUUAUUGAUUACCGGACAAGCAUUAGCAUUUGCUCUAUCAGACAAAUUGAAGAUGAAAUUACUUGAGUUGGGUACGAUGUGCAAAGCUGUGGUUUGUUGUCGUGUUACACCCUUACAAAAGGCGCAAGUCGUUGAAUUGGUUAUGCAAAAUGAGAAGAAGAUAACAUUAGCUAUCGGUGACGGUGCCAAUGAUGUUUCAAUGAUACAAAAAGCGCAUAUCGGUGUGGGUAUCAGUGGACAAGAAGGUCGACAAGCUGUUCUGGCAAGUGAUUAUAGUUUUGGUCAAUUUCGAUAUCUUGAAAGAUUGUUACUUGUGCAUGGACGUUGGUCAUACUUGCGAAUUUCGAAGUUUUUACGCUACUUUUUCUAUAAAAAUUUUGCCUUUACAUUGUGCCACUUUUGGUUUGGAUUCUUUUCGGGCUUUUCUGCUCAGACAUUAUAUGAUCCAUUCUUUGUGGCGACAUAUAACGUUUUCUUCUCGUCAUUGCCCGUUCUAGCACUAGGCGUCUUCGAUCAAGAUGUUAGUGCUGAUCAUUCAAUGAGUAAACCUCCUCUAUACACACCUGGUCAAAACAAUGAAUUUUUUAAUAAAAAAAUUUUCGCUGAAAGUGUCAUACAUGGAAUCUUAACUUCAUGUAUCAUUUUCUUCGUGCCAUACUUAUCCGUUUCGAACAGUACACGACCAGGUGGUAUGACUCAAGCUGAUCUACAAUCAUUUGGUUUUAUGGUUGCCACAAUAAUGAUCAUCGUCGUCAACUUAGAAAACGCACUUGAAACGUGGUAUUGGACUGGUCUUUAUCAUUUCGUGCUUUGGGGUACUAUUGUAGUACAUUUCUUAUUUCAUUUUGUAUUGUAUUCAACCAUUAUCUAUCAAAUCUUUAAUACAAACUAUGGAUAUGUUGGGGUAGCACAAGCAGUGCUGUCUACAGGCAAUUUUUGGUUUACAUUAUUCUUAACAUGUACAAUAUUAUUGUUACCCGUGUUUUGCCGAGAAUUCUUUCGUAUGCGGUUCAUGCCGACGAAAACCGAUCGUGCACGAUUGAAUCAGAAGUUCCGUACGGAAGAGAAAGCAGCAUUCGUUGCACAUAUUCAACAGAAACUCCGUCAAAGUAAACGAUCAAUUCGAUCUGGUUAUGCUUUCUCACAACAACAAGGUUGGGGCCCGUUGAUCACGUCCGGCCGUAUGCAAUCGAAAUCUGCGACACGUAAUCGUCAACAACAGCAACCGCAAUCUCAAAACCAAAAUAAUAAUUUGAAGAAUAGAGUUCACCCAAGCCCGAACAAUAACGUACCAUCAGACAGUACGACCAGCAAAACAACAAGCAGGAGAAAUUAA